AUUUUGUGUUACCUUCAUUCCCUCCCUCCUUCUCUCAUAUUUAAGACUUAAGAGGAAGAAGAUCCAUUCUCAUCUCUCCAUAGACCAUAGCCCAGACUUUACUUCAACUUCUCUUCAUUUCCCACGCUUUUCUUUCUUCAAUUCCUAACACUUUCUGCAAUCCACUCCGCCAUAGAUUUCACCGUUUCCGAUUCUGAGCACUCAUUCGUCUUCUGUUCUUGCUUCAAUUCCUUCGUUGCUAGAAUCAACAAGGAACUAUGAUGGUUUCCCCUUUUAAGAAUUCUUCAAUCUUGUUCCUUCUCUGUCUUCUGCUGCAAUCUUUCUCUUCUGCAAGCUCGCAAUCUUUUCUAGGGAUUAACUACGGAAUACUCGCCGACAACUUGCCGCCGCCGGCGCAGACGGUGAAGCUGCUGCAGUCGACGAGCAUUCAGAAGGUGAGGCUGUACGGCGCCGAUCCGGCGAUAAUAAAGGCAAUGGCGGGGACUGAUAUCGGGAUUGUGAUCGGCGCCGCCAACGGUGACAUCCCGGCGCUUGCGUCCGACCCGAACUUCGCCGGCCAGUGGGUUAGUUCUAAUGUUUUGGCGUAUUAUCCGGCGAGUAAGAUUAUUGUGGUCACCGUCGGCAAUGAAGUUAUGAGCUCAGGGGAACAGAGCCUCGUUUCGCAGCUCUUGCCGGCUAUGCAGAAUGUCCAAAAGGCCCUCAAUGCAGCAUCCCUUGGUGGGAAAAUCAAGGUUUCAACAGUGCACUCAAUGGCAGUGAUGAGUCAGUCUGAUCCACCCUCGUCGGGUGCAUUUAACCCUGCUACUGGUGAUACAAUGAAAGCCUUAUUGCAAUUCCACAAGGAAAACGGCUCACCCUUUAUGAUCAACCCGUACCCUUUCUUUGCAUAUCAGAGUGAUCCGAGGCCUGAAACGUUGGCUUUCUGUCUCUUCCAACCCAAUGCUGGACGCGUUGAUGCAGGGAGUGGCAUAAAAUAUAUGAACAUGUUUGAUGCUCAGGUGGAUGCUAUUUAUUCUGCCUUGAAAGCGAUAGGAUUCAAGGAUGUAGAAAUUGUGGUUGCUGAGACUGGUUGGCCUUAUAAAGGCGAUGCUAAUGAAGUUGGCCCCAGUGUGGAAAACGCAAAAGCGUAUAAUGGUAACUUGAUAAACCAUCUCAAGUCUAUGGCUGGCACCCCGCUAAUGCCUGGGAAAUCUGUUGAUACAUACAUCUUUGCCCUGUAUGAUGAGGAUUUGAAGCCCGGUGCAGGCUCGGAAAAGUGGUUUGGGAUUUUCAAGCCUGAUCUUUCCGCGACCUAUGAUGUCGGCCUUUCAAAGAGUGCUCAGUCAGCUCAGACUCCUGCAGUUGCUCCAGUGGCACUAGCGACUCCUGCUCCGACAACGCCUGUCGUUAAUUCAGUUACACCGCCUACAACGCCCACGACUGGAGUGAAUCCCGUCACACCUGUCACUCCAAUUUAUCAAUCAGGAAGCCUUGGAAGCGGAACUGCAAUUUCUUGUAGGCCACCGUGCUCACUUCAACUUGUUCUUGUUACAAUGACUGCAUUUAUCCUGGUGAAGGCAUAUGGAAGCUAAGGUAUUCAUCUGUGGUGCAGUAUGUUAUAGUAGUGUUGUAUGUUUAUUUUCUCUACCAAGAAUCGUGUAGUUCAGUCGUUUUUUUUAAUUUUAAAUGUAAAAAAAAGAAUGUAUAUGUAAUUAUAUCAUUCUCUUUUUGUAUUUUCAUUCCUGUAUUAGAAAUAGAAAUGUGCUUUGUUUUCUUAAACUUUUAUUCUUAUAUUUUAAAGAAGAUUCAAAUA